AUGACCACCCUCUCUCCUGAAAACAGCCUCUCUGCCAGGUGGUCAGCCUCCUUCAUCCUGGUGAAGAGAAAACCACCCAUUGACAAGACAGAAUGGGAUGCCUUCUUUGAUGAGAACGGUCUGUUGGCCAAAUCACGAGACUCCAUUUGUGUUAACAUCCUGGAAAGGGGUCUGCACCCCUUCGUGAGGACAGAAGCCUGGAAGUUCCUCACGGGCUACUACUCAUGGCAGAGUUCCCAGGAUGAGCGGCUCACGGUGGACAGCACAAGGAGGAAGAACUACGAGGCCUUAUGCGAGAUGUAUGAAAAGAUUCAACCCCUUCUGGAAAACCUGCACCGGAACUUUAUGGAGACUCGGAAUAACAUUGCGUAUGACAUUCAGAAACUCUACGACAAAGACCACCUAGGCAACGUCCUUAUCGACAAGAAGAGACUGGAGAAAAUCCUGCUCCUGAGUUAUGUCUGCAAUACCCAGGCAGAGUAUCAGCAGGGUUUCCACGAGAUGGUGAUGCUUUUCCAGCUGAUGGUGGAACAUGACCAUGAGACCUUCUGGCUUUUCCAGUUCUUCCUGCAGAAAACGGAGCACAGCUGUGUCAUCAACAUCGGAGUGGGCAAGAACCUAGACAUGCUCAACGACCUGAUCGACUUCUUGGACCCCAUGUUCGCUGAGCACCUAAGAGGGAAGGGUGCCGGGACCGUGCGGUCCCUCUUCCUCUGGUUCUGCUUCUGCUUCCAGCGUGCCUUCAAGUCCUUCGAAGAUGUCUGGAGGCUGUGGGAGGUUCUGCUGACGGGGAAGCCCUGCAGGAACUUCCAGGUGCUGGUGGCCUACAGCAUGCUGCAGAUGGUGCGCGAGCAGGUGCUACAGGAGAGCAUGACCAGGGAUGACAUCAUCCUGGCCUGCAACAACCUCAUUGACCUCGAUGCUGAUGUGCUGAUCUCUGCUGCCUGCUUGAUUUACGCUGAGCUCAUCCAAAGAGAUGCUCCUCAGCCGUUAAAGGAUUUCUUUCUCUGA